AUGUCCUCGCGAGCGCUUCGACGCUCCUUCGCAGCGCUAGAUUCUCUAAACUCGCAAUGCACGCGCCCAUCAGCCUCAAUCCUACACUCAAACUCGACCCGCAUCUUUCAUCGAGCUCAAUCCACGUCAACAUCAGGAACAACAAAAUCCCCAGCUCCAGUCCCUCCCUCCAAAACAGCCACGCCAACAACCUCACAAUCACAAUCAUCAAUCGACAGAGCCGAAGCAGCCAAAAAACCCUUCCCCAGCACCCCAACAACACCCAACAUCGCCAAAACCGGCCUCCUAGACCAACCCCUCGAACUCUCCCCCGAGGGCUACAACAGCGCCAACGAAAAAGUAGACUGGACGCGCAGCUUCCACGGGAUAAGCGACAAGCCAUUCGCCCGCGAAAUCAGCGACGUGCUUCUCGAAGCCGCGAACCCGGAAGAUGUCGAGAUCAAGCCGGAUGGGAUUGUCUAUUUGCCGGAAAUCAAGUAUAGGAGGAUACUGAACAGGGCGUUUGGGCCGGGAGGAUGGGGGCUUGUGCCUCGGGGAGAGAGUAUUGUUACGCCGAAGACGGUGACGAGGGAAUAUGCUUUGAUAUGUCAUGGACGACUCGUCUCCAUCGCCCGCGGCGAACAAGACUAUUUCAACCCCGACGGCAUUCCGACCGCGACCGAGGGCUGCAAGUCGAAUGCCCUGGUGCGCUGCUGCAAGGAUCUGGGCGUUGCCAGCGAGCUGUGGGAUCCGCGCUGGAUUCGCAAGUUCAAGGCCGAGUAUACCAAGGAAGUGUUUGUGGAGCAUGUAGUGAAUAAACGGAAAAGCAAGAUUUGGAUUAGGAAGGAUGAGGAUGUUGCGUAUCCGUGGAAGGCAACGAAGUAG